AUGUCCACUUUGUGUUUCUCUGGUUUAGAAAAUAACCUCAGAGCCGGUUCCUACGUGAAGCAACCACCCAUUUGUGGAACGUACUCAGCUCAUCAAGAAAAUCUGCGUCGAAGGAACGAGAUGAAUCAACAAACUGAGCACAUGAAAUCAUCACGAAGAAUGUCGGAGACGGGAUAUGGAGAGAUAUGCCAGGAGAUUGUCUCCCUCUUGCCCAUUGGACGUGGAAUCCAGGAUUUGGAGUCAGGUUCGAGUGCAGCCACUCUGCCUAGAGCCGGAUCACAUACGGCAGUGGAUGGUGACAGAGCCUCGACGACAAGUAAGUACUCCAUCGGCUCCACUACUCCCCGCCCGCCUGCUAUAACUGCCGCCGUGGCACCUCCAACCACCUCAACCGGUGGCGCUACGAUGCAGAGUCGAGACCUCGUCCACCUUCGUUCGCAGAGAACGUCCUCAAACCAGCCAAUCACUUCCACUUCGCGGCCCCAAUCUACAGAGGAGGGGGUGAUGAACGAUAGAAGCUCCUUCAGAAGGUCAUACUCGGCUAGCGGCGGCAACCGGGGUCAGUACUUUUCGGGAACGCAGUCACCGUAA